AUGUUGUAUCCCCAUCUUCAUCUCCUUGAUUUUGGCUGGGAAUUCUGCCCUGUCUUUCACCUCAUUGUUAUACUCCCAUUUUGCCUUUGUUUUCUACACCGCCAGAUAUUAUUGACACUAACAUCGCGUCCGUACUCCAGCGCCUCUGUAAACCCCCCAACAGAAAGCACAUUUAGCUUCACCCCAAUUAAGGCUCUGAGCGCCCUGCCUAGAUUGUGGGAUCGCAAGCCUUCGACCCCUGUGCGCGCCGGAGACAAAUCACGAAAGUUGUGGAAGCGCAUUCGCUUCCCAUUUGGCGGUAUGAAGACUGAAACAGAAGGCAAGAGUACUGUCAUUGGUGCUUCUAAGAGUUCGGACUACCAGCGUGGUGUUAAGCGCCGAUGCGUGGAUCCGACCGAUGCAGAAGAGACUGAGUUGGAACAACGCGGUCGCUCGUUCCUGGAAACCAAAUGGGAGAUGCAAGCCGCUCGAAAGAAACGCAAGAUGCCCGAAUUCAAUUUCAACAUCCACAACGAUACACCCCAGGAAGUUUUCGGCUUUACUGGCAACCAGUCGGCUAGUAAUGACGUUGCUAUGAACAAUUCUCCUCAGCCGCUCAGCGAUAUGUGGCAGUCUGUCAAGACACCGGUCUACAAUGAUGCUCUGGCCAACACAGACCUCAACGCGACCGACGCAAAGUCUGGCGAAGAUCUGCAGUCUGAAUCUCCCGAUCAAGCCGCGCCCGUGAUUGAUCAAGCGGCAGAGGAUAAGGUGGAAACUGUACCCGCUGCAGAGUCUGUGCAAGACCUCACACAGGAGCAGGAAGUGAAGCUGGUACGAUCUGCAUUGCGUAGCUCCCUGGAUGGCGAGGAUGCGGAGCUGCUCAAUGAUUUCCUGUCGAGGGCUAAGGCUAAGCGCGCCGCCAAGGCAUCGCAUCCUGAAGAUGCCGACCAAGCAGAGACAUCCUCUAGCAUGGAAGAAUCACCCGAAAUUGAACGCUCAACACCACGGGCGCGUCGUGUGUUGGAAGACUUGACCACCAACUCACCUUCACCCGUCAAAAUCCAACUUUCACCAAGUAAGCAUGACGUCAAAAUUGCUACUAUUGGUGCAGACCAGGCACAGGAAGAGGUCCUCAACAAAGAAGUCAUGGAAGAGCCAGCUCCAUCAAGCCCUGGAUGUCGCCGAAGCACUCGCGCCAAGGCUUCGAAUGCUCCUUAUACUCCAUCUGUGCGCAACACUAUCUCGCUCCGCCGCGCGAAAGGUACCGAGUUUAUAUUCCUGCAGCGCACCGAUGCCCAGCAGAUGGCUUUGGCAACUAAGCGUAACACUCGUCUCAACAAGGGUAAAUCCGUGAGCCCCAAUGUCGCUCUGGAAGCUCUUGCUCAACAGACAAGCGAGGAACAGGCUGUCGCCGAUGAGCACCAGCGUUCAUCUCGCAUUCACAGCUCGAAGAAGCAAGUGUCAUGGAAUGAGGAGCGCAUGGCUGAGUAUGAAGAGUACACAGAAGCCCCAGAGUACGUUGAGGAGGAAGAAGGCGAUCAAUGCAAAGAUGACGUCGGCGCAACACCUCGUCCACGAGCAGAGAGCAAGCGCUCAGCAAAGAAAGCAGCACCCGCCCAGCGCAGCAGCCGUCGUCAGACAGAGAAGGCAGAGCGAACCGGGGAGAGUGGGGCCAGCGAUCCAACCGCGCAGGCUAGUACUGCAACCCCGCGCUCACGCCGGGUGAGGCGCUUGGGCGAUUUGGGAAAGAUGGGCUCAGGCACCCCUGUCAAGACCGGCCGCAGCACAACCAAGCCUACCGCAGCCUCGGCACCCGUGGAGGCAGCCCCCUCCACACCCACUAAGGGCCGCCGCAAGGUUACUCCCAAGUCCCCCAGCUUGUCCAAGCUUCCUGCGCCAUCCAAGGGUGCUAAAACACCCUCAGACCAAUCUUUCGUCAGCGGCAUUCCUACCCGCAGCACGAAAGGCACAGAUGAUUCUUCCCAGAGUAUGCUCCAGGCCAGCGCUGGGUGCACCCCAGCCCGUCGGAUGCGGUCGAGAUCUUGA